GUGUUUUAAUUGUAAGUUUUAGGCAUGCCUUGACCAGUUUCUGUUGGCUUCUGUCAAAUUUCCAAAAUUGUGUGUCGCGCCGUGUCGCGUCCUCGUCGCGUCCUCGUGCGAGUUCGCCAUGGCGGCCGACGGUGUCUGUUCGUGCCAGUUCGAGGUGUUUGGCAAGGUGAAGGGCGUCAACUUCCGGCGCCACGUCCUGCGGAAGGCCAGGACUCUGGGCCUGCGCGGCUGGUGCAGGAACUCGGAACAGAACACAGUGCGCGGCUACAUCGAGGGCCCCUCGCCCGAGAUGGACGUGAUGAAGGAAUGGCUCAAGACCACGGGUAGCCCGGAGUCUGACAUCAAGAUGGUAAAGUUCAGUUCGCAUCGGAACAGCCAUAGAUAUGGCUAUACCAACUUUGAGAUCCGACCCGACAAGAUCAGUCAGACCGAUGGAAUGAGAGGUCCUUCUAAUUCUUCAAACGAAAGCAUGCGGCAGUAAGUCCUUGCAGUUCCCUGAAAGUCCUUGGAAACACCAAUGACACCGAAGGUUUUCAAAUCUUUUUAUUUAAGAACAUU